AUGGCCGACUCGACCAGCAGCUGCUCUGACUCUUCAUCAGCCAACACCUGCUCCUCCUCCUCGCUCAGAGACCUUGCUCACUCAGCCUUACAGCUCGUCCACUGGAAAGAACCGAAGAAGUCAGCGGUGGUGUUCGGUCUGUCGCUGCUGGUUCUGGUCUCCGUGGCGACGCUGUCCGUCAUCAGCGUGGUGUCCUACCUGCUGCUGGCCUGUCUCUGUGUCACCAUCACCUUCAGGGUUUAUAAAUCAGUGAUUCAGGCCAUCCAGAAAUCAGACGAAGGUCAUCCAUUCAGGUCUCUUUUGGAGAGGGACAUCUCGGUGUCCUCAGAGUCAGUCCGGCAGCUGGCUGAUCAGUCUCUGAUUCACCUGAACUGGUUCAGCAAUCAGACCCGAAGGCUGCUGCUGGUCGAAGACCUGGUCGACUCUCUGAAGCUGGCUGCAGUCAUGUGGGUACUGACCUAUGUGGGAGCUGUGUUUAAUGGCGUCACCCUGCUGAUCCUCGCCGACAUUAUUUUCUUCACCUCGCCGCUGAUUUACCAGAAGAAAAAGACACAGAUUGAUAAGACCAUCGAGCUGAUUCAGUCCAAAGUGGAGGAGACACUGCAGAAGCUGCAGAACAGGUUACCAGGAGCUGUGAAAAGAGUCAAAGCUGAGUGACCACCUGAUUGGAGAACACACCUGCGCCCUCUCUUCUGAUUGGUCCAUUUGUUAGUGAUUCACUUGCUGAAUUUCCUCUGAUGUCAGACUGAUAAAGAAACAAAGCUGAAGCUGCUGUUUUGUUUUGUCUGAAGUCUGUUUGUGUUUUUGUUCAUUAAAGUUCAUGUUUUAAUCCAAACUUCUUGUGUCUGGUGUGACAUUCACGACUUGA